CGUCGUCGUCCUGCUCUCCUGCACCUCUCUUCGCCCGGACCCUCUCCUCCUCUGUCCUCCAGACCUCCCCGCCUGCUCCUCCGCAUCCUCACUUUCGACCGUUGAGGAGGCCAGAUCUCCGUGCAUUACUCCCUACCGUGGGCAGUCUCUCGUUCUGCAAAAGACUAUCCUCAAACCCCGGCCCCUGCAUGUGCUGAAACAAGCCACGUCGACACAACCGCACCUCCCAAGAUGGCCAAGUCCGCAAAACGAUCCGGAAAGGCCAAGGGCUCGACAACGCCCUCUUCCUCCUCGUCUGGAACCUCGACCCCAAGCUCCCAGGCGGGCCCUCUUCCUCCGUUCGCCAAAGCUCCCAGCUCUCUUCAACCCUUUCUCCAAACCUUCUCCCCUCAAGAAGUCUACCUGAUCCAUAUCGACCACACCCCGCGAGACGUCAAGAAGCAGGCAUUCAACGUGCCCGUGGUGAUCAAUGUGGUGAUUACAGUCGUGAUAUGCAUUCGUGUCUACAUGGUUCGCAACAUGUAUCCGGCCAUGUUGGCGACAGUGCUGGGCCUCGCGAGCCCCAUGUCGGUGGAUACCGCCUCGACGCCCUGGGAGCAGCUGGCGGUGACAGUUCUGAUUCGCACUGCCAACGUGUUGUUGGAUUAUCUGCUGGUGACGAUUUUCUUGUCUUGGCCCAUUCGAUUCAUCGAGGGUCCCGUCCUGUGGCGUCGGAACAUUGGCUUCCGGGACCGCGAGAUUAUCAUCCGACGCAGCCGGCCCAGCCUGAGCGAGGGACUGGAGCGCAACCGCUGGAUUCGGGAAGAUGAGGCGACGCGGGAUAAGAUCGUGGCGGCCGUCACUCCAGACCGAAUUAAGAAGACCGGCUAUCUACUCGUGGAUGCGGACUGGGAUCUGGAUUACGAUGCCAUGAUCAGGGCCCACGAAAUCGUCGACCGCACCCGGACGGGCAACGGGAUUCCCUUGGACGAGUUCCGCACCGCGGUGGUUGUAAACACGGAUGCCGAUGGUUGGUUGAUGUGGCAUGUCGGAGACGAGGAUACCGCGGAAGGACGAGCGCGGUCGGCCCAACGAGACCAGAUUCUGGCCUUCAAGGAAAAGCUGACGGCCAUGGGCAAGGAGGACCUUUUCUUCCGAUGGGUCGAGCUGAUCCAAUACGAGAGCACCCGGCCCGGUGGUUUUACGCCGGAAAGGCAGAAGUCCGCCAUGAUCCAGGCAAAGCAGCUGUUCGAAACGGAGGGGGUGGAUUUUGCGCGCUUCUGGCAAGAAGUUGGGGGCCUGGAGGGGUUCAUCGAAGAGUUGGACUGAAUGUGUAGACAUGUAAUUUCUUAGGUUCAUUUCGGCUCGGUUUUCUUCUCUUCACAUCUGUUAUUCUAUUGCAGUUAUUUGCCGGGGUGUUUAGGUGGGGUCUCAGUUAGCGCUCGAUACUACCAAUCGAUGGACAUUUCAAGGUAUAUAGACCAUAAC